GGCGCUCUCUGGUUAAAUCUUUUUUAGGGUUUCGUCAAUCUCUCUCUCUCUCUUCCUCUUCUCUCAUUGAAAUCGGACGACGAUGGGGAAGAAGAAGUCGAAGGAAACGGAGACGGAAUCUCUAAACGAUGAAUCUCAGACUAAAUCAGGUAUCUUCUCUACUCUCUUCUCCGGCGAGGUUGCUGAAGGCGAAACUUCUGGCUUUGCGAGUCUCUUCUCCGAUGAUAACCCUUUCCGGCGAAAAAAACCUCAAGAAAUCAAAGAGUCGUCAAGUCCCGAUGAGAAGAAAGGAGAUAAACGAAAUGCAGAGAACGAAGAAGGAGAUGAAACAGUUUUGCCUGUGAAGACGAAGAAAUCUAAAAAGGAGAAAAAGCUAAAAUCUCCGGUUACAGAUUCCGGCGACGAUGGUGUUGAGAAAGAGACGAAUUUGGAUGUUGUAGAAGAAAGUGGGUUGGUUUCAAAGAGGAAGAAAAGGAAGAGAGAUGAGAUUGAGAACGAAUACGAGACGAAGAAGUAUGGAAGCGUUGAGAAGAAGAAGGUUGGUGAGAAGAGAAAGAAAGCUGAUGAAGUAGCUGAUACAAUGGUUUCAAAGGAAGGAUUUGAUGAUGAGAGUAAGCUUCUUAGAACUGUUUUCGUUGGGAAUUUGCCUUUGAAGGUUAAGAAAAAAGUCAUCUUGAAGGAAUUUAGUAAAUUCGGUGAGGUUGAAUCUGUGAGGAUACGCUCUGUGCCAAUUGUCGAUUCGAAGAGGACAAGGAAAGGAGCUAUUAUGUUGAAACAAAUCAAUGAGAAAGCUUCAAGUGUUCAUGCUUAUGUUGUGUUUGAAACAGAGAAAUCUGCUGAAGCUUCUCUGGCUCAUAACAUGUCUCUGAUUGAUGGGAAUCAUGUCCGCGUUGAUAGAGCAUGUCCGCCUCGUAAGAAACAGAAAGGUCAGGAUGAUACUCAUUUGUAUGAUCCUAAGAGGACAGUCUUUAUGGGUAAUCUCCCUUUCGAUGUGAAGGACGAGGAAGUGUAUCAACUGUUUACGGGUAAGAGUAAUCUGGAGAACAGUAUAGAAGCUGUUCGUGUUAUUAGAGAUCCUCACUUGAACAUUGGGAAAGGAAUAGCUUACGUCUUGUUUAAAACACGGGAAGCUGCAAAUCUCGUAAUCAAGAAAGGAUAUUUGAAGCUUAGAGAAAGAGAGUUACGGAUUUCUCGAGUCAAACCUGAUGCAACGCCAUCAAAGAGAAAGAGCAAUCCUUCUGAAGCUUACUCGCCGGCCCAGAAAAGACUGCAAAAGGACAAAGUGGUCACACCAACUCCUACGGGGAAGGCUAAUCUUUCAUAUCAAGGUGUAAGAGCUUCAAAAUCUGGUGAUGAUAAGAAGAAUCCUUAUCAGAAAAGCCCCGCACAGGCAAAGAUGAGACCUAGAGGUAGCAGCAGCAAUGAAGACAACAAAAAAUCUGGGAAUAAUAGUGCUUUGAAGCAGCGAAGUCAGAAGCGGCCAGCGGUUGCAGCAAGAAAGGCGAAAGCAAACUCAAAAGGUUCGAAAGAGAGCGGUGGUAAGCGAUUUGCAGGGACUAAGCGAAAACAAGAAAACCGGACGCCUGAAAGCUUCUCUAAGAAGAAGAAAACGAAACGGUUUUAGGCGGUUUCUUUCAACCAUUAUGGUGAACCUCUUUCAUCUUCCUUAGUUUUGAUACUAGUCUGUUUUGUAAUGUUCUCAUAUCAGUCUUGAUAUACUGUAAUGUUGCAACAAUUAUGAUUUCGUGCAAGUUUAAAAGGAAAAGCUAUUUUGAUGAUUA